AGCUGAAAGUUAAACGUCAGUUUAAAACAGAAAAUACAAGAAUAAAGAUAUAAUAAAGCGAAAGGCACUUAGCCAAUUUUACAAGUGAUUUUUCAAGCGAUAAAGAAAAUCAGUGAUAUUUAUUAUUUCAAAUAUUUAAUUAAUUAAAACAAAUUUGCAAAAAUGGUACGACGUGGACGUUCAGCUAGCCCACCACCAGCCACCAGAAGGAGUGUGCCCACACAUCAUGCACCUGCUCCAACACCAAAUGUGCCGGCACGCACAGCUCCGGCAGCACCCCCAGCACCAGUACAAGCAGCACCCAGUGCUGUUGGCGCACCACAGCAGCCAUCAAUGUUCCAACAAAUGGCAGCUACCGCUGGCGGUGUAGCUGUUGGUUCAGCAGUGGGUCACACUCUUGGCGCCGGUAUUACUAGCUUGUUCAGCGGUUCUGGUGAUAAGGAGGCUGCCGCUCCCGCUGCUGCAGCAGCUCCACCAGCUCAACAGCAAUAUUAUGGCAAUGCUGCUCAGCCCAACGAACCUCAAGGUGCAUGCGCUUGGGAAAUUAAACAGUUCCUGCAGUGCGCCCAAGGCCAAUCUGACUUAACACUCUGCGAGGGCUUCAAUGAGGCGCUACGACAGUGCAAGGUUCAACAUCACUUGCAAUAAAUUGUGGGCAUUACAUCAACAAACUUCAAUUAUUUAAAUAUUCAACCCGUUAUAUAAUGCUUGCUAUAAUACAAUAUUAAUCUAUGAAGUAAUUGUGAACAUAAAAAAUUUAGUUUAGAUUUUUAAAGUUCCAUGAUUGAUUGAUUUUUCUGUGUUGUGAAAGAAAGGAGAAAUUGAAUGUUUCGGAUGAUAGGCGAAAGUCAAUAGAUCGAAUAACAAGCGCAUUUUGUUAAAUAUUUCUAGAAAAAUCUACGCAGAAAAUAUGUGCAAACAGAUAACGUGGAAGCGUUAAUUGGCAAAUGACCAAAAACACAUCAGAUCACACCACUAAACACAAAACAAAAAAAAAAACAACAAUUAGCAACUCACGUGCUGCAAGCACACGCCGAGUCAUCAAAACAAAAUAGCAAAUGCAGUUGUUGUUCGCUAUUGACACUGCAACACAGAGCAGGGAAGAAAGCAAGGACCGAAAUAAUUUCCACAUAAUUGUGAAUACUAGAUUUAUUUUUAGUUACUAAGUUUAUUUCGUGUAAUUAUGAAAUUGAUGAAGGCUCAUGUUAAAGAAUGGUAGAAUUGUAGUCAAAUUUGUGCCAAAUAUUUAGCGCUCCAAUCGCAAUUGAAAUUUUCUUGCAAAUACGCUAAAUUCUAAUAAAAACUGUUCGGCACCAUUAAAAA